AUGUCGCCAAUCCGAGAAUUAGACCUCGUCAAUAAAGUAGCCGUUAUCAGCGGUGCAUCUCGCGGCAUUGGUCGAGCAAUCGCCUUCAAUCUCGCUUCCAGAGGAUGCUCCAUCCUUGGAACUUGUGUCAGCGAAAAGGGCGUCGAUGCUUUGUCGUCUUCCCUCAAUACCGAGGUCACUGAACAUGUUUACAACGCAACAUCGCGAGAUCGCCCGGCUUCUCAAAAGAUCAAAGGCAUCAUCGCCGAUAUCUUUUCAAGCGACUGCGCCAAGAAAAUUGCCGAUGCCGUCGGUGAGCUAUUCGACGGUAAAGUCGACGUCUUUGUCAACAGUGCCGGAGACCCCAUGCCUGGUAUCAUUGGCAAUAUGGGAACGGAAGAAAUUCAACGAAGUCUACUAGGUAACAUCCAAACGCCAGUUCUGAUCGUCGAAGAGCUCGUUCGAAGAAAAUACUUCCAGCCCAACAGUCGAAUCAUCUACAUAUCCUCCAUCCGCUCUCGCCAACCAUGGGCUGACCAACUCAUGUACGCAGCAGGCAAAUCAGCCGGCGAAUCUCUUUGUCGGACAUGGGCGCAAGCUUUCGGUGGAAAGGAUGAGAAGUAUUCUUUCAUGGCUGGCACAACUGCGAAUGCUGUCACAGUUGGCUUAACGGAGACCGAUGCGGUUAUGGAUUGUGGCCCGGAAGCGGUCAAAUCCUUCCAGGAUGAGUUCUUUCCUACGCAGAGUAUACCGCGCUUUGGGCAGCCUGAUGAUGUUGCUGAUGUGGUAGGGCUUCUCUGUGGAAAUGAUGGAAGAUGGAUCACGGGAUCUGUGAUUAGUGCCAGUGGAGGUGGUAUUAAGAUCGGAUAA